AUGGAUACACUCUAUCUCCUCUGCGCACAAGGAAAACUGCGUUGCCUGAAAAUCACAAAUAACCUAGUGAGUGAUAGCAUCACAAAGUUUCUUGUGGAAAGAUUAAUUGGUUCAUUUUGCUGCAAGUGUAACCAAGAGUCCAAGUCUUUGACAAAGUUCAAACUUUCUUCCUUGCAAGUUUCUGAAGCCUUCUGUGCACAUUUAAGAACAGCAAUAAAAGAUGUUUGUUUUUGUUCACUAAAGAAUUUAGAGACAUCUUCCACACAUAAAUCCGAGACAACAGAUAGUGAAGAUUCUCUAAAAUCAGAAUGCAUGGAUCUGGGUAUUUCCCUGGGAGGUAAAAGAAAAACAAAAUUUCAGGACCCAGUUAAAAUAAGAGAUUCACGUCGCAUAGUUGUUCCUGUGUAAACAAUGAAGCUGACAACUGUCAAGAAGGCUGCUCUAUCAGAGAAACAUGUUCACGUCAUGAACGUUUCAAUGAGCCUGGCAGUACAGUGGUGACUUGAACUUCAUUAACAGGAAUGACAACUGUACAAAAACAGCUUUUGAUCAGAAUUAUCCAGGAUCUUUUGAAGCAGCAUCAAACAUGGCUAAUUUCACAGAAAUUCCAUCUUUAGAUUCCAGUGAAAUCAUCCAGUUUAAUGGCUGCAAUUUUAAAGAGUUUGUUGGCCUCCAAGAACUGCGAUUGACUUGUCCAGUUGGGGAUAGAGGAGCAAGCUUGAUCUCUGAUGGCCUGCAAAGUAAUAGCUCACUUCUUUCUCUGAGUUUGGUCAAUUGUAAUAUCUCAACUGCAGGGCUAGGAGACAUCUUUAAUGCCAUAACAGGUACAACUAUUUACACAUUAUGUAGUAACAACACUGACUAUAAUCCUGUUUAGAGAUUUUUUUUUCAAAAUAUUUAAACAAGAGAGUGAAUGGAUGAGUGCAAAAAAUGGAAAAGACAUACCUUCCCCAACCCCUUGCACUCUCCAUCAAUAAUUAUCCCUUGGCUUGGUUUUUGUUUAUAUAUCAGCCUAAUUUUACUGAAGAGAAAAUUAAUAGAAGGUACAACAGGCUAUGACUAAAUUAACAUGCAAUAUUGGACAUAACCCUUCAGCCUUCAGACUUCUCUGAGACUCCAAUUAUAUUUAUCUAAACGAGUUUACAGGGCUGAAAUCACGUGUUACAUUUCCACUGUUGAUCUCAAUAUUCUUUCAUGGUAUAAUUUUGCUCUUUGAUCAGGUCACAGAUCUCUGAAACACCUGUCUGUCAAAGGCAACAGAUAUGAUCCCAGUAGAAAUAACAAGCUGGCAGAGAUGUUAACAGUAAACAAAACACUCACAGAUUUGAAUCUCAGCAGUUGUGGACUCGGAGGUAAAGCUAAGAAAGUACCUUAGUUUGUAAAAUUUGCCAUUUUUCUGUCAUGUGUGUUAUAAUUUGAUGUUAGUUCUGCUUGGUACAAAUGUAUUAAAUUUUUCUCUGAGUCGCUGACGUGGUCUUAUCCUCUUUUUAAAAACCAACAUUUUUAAAUUCCUAUUUUUUGUAUUAGAGCUGGGAAAUGGUAUUCAAAGAUUUGAUUAGAGCCUCUGAUCUGCAGGUUCCAGAACCAGCAUUGUUGUUGUAUGGUUGUUGUUGUUGUUUUUUUUUUUGUAUCAUUGUUUCAGUUAGGCAUGCAACAUGGGGCCCCCCACUUGCUUUCACUCACUGAAAAAUGGAAAAACCUGUUCUGCAAGCCACAGAUCAUCUGUUUAUGCACUUCCAUAAAAAUGAUCAUUUAUUUAUAUUUUUUCUUAUUUAUAUGCACAUGUCAUCACUCUGUAAUGGUUAACAAUGUAAGUCAUUCCAAUUUUAUUACCCAAGCUUCACGUUUUUCGAUGCUUCAAUUCUUUCUCAGUUUCAGAGUUCAUCAGUGACAUUUUUCAUGCCUUGUGCAUUAACAGCACCUUGACUAGCUUAAAGCUGGGAGAAAAUAUUUUAGGUGAGCUUUUUCAAGUCUGUGUAGUCAAACCUCGAUCAUAUGAAAUCAUCAAAACAGUACAGUUCCUUGCAUUCCCAGUGCCUACCCCUUUUCUCUUGUUUCCUCUGUUUAGUCCUUUUUCAAUUGCACUGUGGCAUAAUUUUCUCCUAUUUCUCCCAAUUCCCACUCUUUAUUACUUCAACUGGCCAACCUUUCCUUCCAUGUCUCCCAUACCCCCUCCCACCCCUAUUCUCCUAGGCCCCAACCCCCCCUCCUAUCGUCCUCCACUAAUUUAAUUCAAUAUAGGUUUGAAUUAUUGUUACUUUGCCUGGUACACUGUCAGCUAAACUACCGGUAGUGUUGUUAUAAUUUUAUUUAGGAGAAUUUCCUCAGUUUAGAAUUUAUAAUAUUUUUCAGUGAUGUUAAUGAUCACCCAUAAGCCUUUUUACUGCCCAGCAGUCAGAUCAUUGAGCCUAUUUUUAGCUCUACACUAAUCUUGAAUUUUUCUUUUUCACAGUAUGCUUUCUGGCUCAUUUUUGCACAUAUUUAGUUACUGACAAAGAUUAUUUCUGGCAUCAAAAUGAUGAUUGCAAAUUUUGAUAGUAUGUAAUUCAUGAAAGACUUCAUUAUAAUGUCCUUAGUCAUUCCUGUUGGGGGCUGGGUCAGUUUGUUGGAGGGGGGAGGGGGGCACUGAAAUUCCCACAAGAAAAUUUGAGAUGGCACUGUAUAAAAAGCCAUGAAGAUGCACUUGUUAGGGUGCAGGGGCAUGCUACGUGUCAAAUGGACUUUUAAUAGAACGUCUGCAGUUAAAUAUAGUUUUAAUGGUCAACCUAACACCCCAUCAUUUUGCUUGGUCAAGAAACAUGAUCUCAAAAGAUUCAAAGUACUUUAAUUUUAUUUCCUUAACUUUCGUUGGUCCCGCAUGUACAUUGCGAAGAUUGGUGCAUGCAUUGUUAUCAAAUGGUAAACACCCCAUCCGCCAUAUUGGAUCAGGUCGGUAUUCAUGUAACAGAUCAUUGGGAGUGCGGGCUCAGUGGUUUUUCAUACCUUGCCCCCCUAAUGUUCUUACAGGGCCCCUAUUUCUCAACAGAGGGGUUCCUGGUACUCCCCUUAAGCUAAAAGGCAAAAUCCUGGUGAGAACACUUAGUAAAUAUGACAGAAAGUCUAUUAUUAGUUACAAGUGGCCACUUGUCCCUUUCCAAGUUUAGCCACUGAGAUCCAUCUGUAAUGCAAGGAUAAUCGUUUUCCUAUGUUUCUUCGCACAGUCCUCAUUUUUUCUUCUUUUUUACACCAUGUUUACUAUGUUGUGUUGUAUUGUUUUUUUUUGUGCAGGUGAUUCUCACACUGCUGCUUUAUCACAAGUGUUCACUCAUCCAAACAAAACUUCUGUAAUAAAAAAAUUAGACCUUAGGUAUGUUAAUGUAAUAAUAAUAAUAUUUUUUCAGCUAAAAAUGGAAGUCUAAGUUAUGUUAUAAAUCAUAUUGGUUGUGUAACAUCUAAACACUAGUUCCUUUUAUUAUGAGGGAUAUACUUUUUAAUAAAUAGGCCAUUUGCAAGUUGCAUUAAGUCUCAGUUUAAAGGAAGGCUACAAUGCAAGCCAUGAUAUGAAAAUGAUUUUUUAUUCUCACGCCAAUAAAACUCAUUUUCAGUCAAGAAAGAUUUUGCAGGCAUGUGUGGCAAAGCGGUUAAUGCCUCGAACUCCUUAAUUACCUAGAUGUCCAGGGUUCAAGUCUCACCCGUCCCAUUGUUCCCUAUAGGCAAGGAACUUUACUCCACUGUGUGCCUCUUAACCCAAGUGUAUAAAUUAAUGGGUACUGGUGACAUAGCAGUGAGGGGUAACCCUGCAAUGGACUGGCAUCCUGUCCAGGGGGGAGUAGUAAUAUUCUUAGGCAUGCUUCAUGCUAAAGAAACCAUGAUAAGCUUGUGUGUGCCUUUGCAGUUUAUACCUUUACCUCGUAUUGAAAUAAUUGAGAGAUUUGGAUCGAGCUCUGUGUUCUGAACCUGUAAUAUUCAAGGUACCAUGUAAAAUAAUUUUCAUGGGAAAAUUAAUAUUUCCUAGUCACCCAAUGCAAAAGCAAAAGCAAGCCACUAGCGAAAACAGGCCAGGGGGCUGCUUAGCACAGCACUGUAACUGUAGCAUAUGAUCCAAAAUUCAUAAUCUUCCUUUUAUAUUUUCUUUCCUCCUCAUAGCAACAACCCCAUAUCACUGGAAGGUUUGUCAGUUUUAGCCUCAUCCCUGGAGUGCAUUAAACCAAGAAAACUGGAUGAACUCAAACUGACGGCAGCAAAUAUUCUGGGCUCAAAACCACAUCGGGUCUUGUCAAAUCUCCAGUGUAUGGUGCACACUUUGAUAGUAGAACGCUUGGACAAGGCAACCUUAUUUGCAGAUUUCUUGAGUCAAAUGUGA